UGUCAUUCUUGCCACACAUACUACAUCAGACAAAAUUGAAAUGAAAUUUCAAAACGUCAGCUGGAACUGAUCAGCACAAAGUUCAGAGUUCAGCUUUCCGACAGCAAAAUGAGAAGCCACCACCCUCCGUGCACGAAACAGACUCAUACCCACCCCGAAGAUGACCCGGAAUCAACCCGACCACAAACCGUCUCCGCCAACGUGGCCCUCUCCACCGCCGCUGGUCUCCGUAAGAAGGGAGUGGGGAUCCGGCCCUGGCUACUUCUUGACUCAAGUGGGCAGACCCAGGUGGUGGAAGCCGGGAAACACGCCAUCAUGCGCCGCACGGGGCUUCCGGCGCGUGACCUGAGGAUCCUGGAUCCGCAACUCUCGUACCCUUCAACCGUGCUCGGCCGAGAACGGGCAAUUGUCAUUAAUUUGGAGCACAUCAAGGCUAUAAUUACUGCCCAGGAAGUGUUUUUACUCAAUUCUAGAGACCCUUUUGUUGCUCCCUUUGUUGAGGAGCUACAGGGGAGGGUUUUGUGCCACUAUCAGGAGGGCACUGGAGAUAAUUCACAAUGGAAAAAUUUGUAUAAUUUGGACGAACCACAAUCUAGAGAUUCCAGUCCUCAAAAAUUUUCCGGAGUUUUUUCACGGUAUGAGGGUCAACACGAGGAAAGUAAGGCAGAUGGGAAACAGGGUCUUGAGAACAGAGAUGGAUUGAAGGUUCUUCCUUUUGAAUUUGUUGCAUUGGAGGCCUGCCUUGAGGCUGCUUGCAGUUGCUUAGAAACUGAAGCAAAAACACUGGAACAAGAAGCUCACCCAGCAUUAGAUAAGCUGACUUCAAAGAUCAGUACUCUCAAUUUGGAACGUGUCCGUCAAAUUAAGAGUCGCUUGGUUGCAAUAACUGGACGUGUUCAGAAGGUGAGGGAUGAAUUAGAACACUUGCUAGAUGAUGAUGAAGACAUGGCUGAGAUGUAUUUAACUGAGAAGUUGGUUCAACAACUUGAAAACUCCUCCACUUCUUCUAUAAAUGAGAGAGAUGACAUGGACGAUGAAGUUCUCCAAUCAGAUAGGGAUGGCAGGACUGCUGCUGAAAUAUCAGUGGAUGCUGCUGGGAGAUCCAUUAGUUGUGAAGCUGAUCUUAACACAGAGAACACCCACGAGUUGUUUACUGCCCAUAAUGUACUUGACAGGGAUAGCCAUGGGACUCAUACCAGUACCACUCAAAGUGUUACAGGCAAGCCACUUGACAUCGAGGAGCUUGAAAUGCUCCUGGAGGCAUACUUUGUGCAGAUUGAGGGUACAUUAAACAAGCUGUCUACGCUGAGGGAGUACAUGGAUGACACAGAAGACUACAUUAACAUAAUGCUGGAUGACAAACAGAAUCAUCUUUUGCAAAUGGGGGUCAUGCUAACGACUGCAACCCUUGUGAUCACUGCGUUUGUAGUUGUGGCUGGUGUUUUUGGAAUGAAUAUCCACAUUGAUAUUUUUGACCAGAACCCAGCAGGCAUGCAUAAUUUUCUGUGGACUGUUGGCGGCUGCACAACAGGGAGCAUAUUCCUGUAUCUAAUAGCUAUUGCCUGGUGCAAGCAUAAGCGUUUGUUGGAGUGAAAGAAGCCAAUAAUUAGAUUUGUGUUGUGUUGUAUGUUUUAUAUGAAUGCAACUUUCCAAAAUUUGAUGCUUCAUGCUGUGUUUCUGUAUAUUACAAAUAAAUAUUGUAUGUCCUGAAUACAGGAACACCAGAGGUCUGCUUCCAGACUUAAUGGGGCAUACAUUUUGUAAAGUUAAGCAUACGACCAAAGUCACAGAUCAUGGAAAGUUUCCAAUCUGAAAUUUACUUUAAGAGCA